UUGAUAAAGUUCCCCUUUUCUCCGCCGUUUCACUUCGUGUUUGUUUCAAGGAAACACCGUGCUGCUCUCGGUGUUAAAAGAUGUGGGGGAACACACCGGCUCCGGCUAUGUUCACGGCACAUCGGCUCAGAGUGAGAGCUACCAGCAGAAAGAGUCUCUUGUAGGAGAAGAACAUGUAUUUAUGGCGCUUCUCCAUCGCCAUAACCCUGGGCUUGGUGUGGUAUUUUUCAGACUGCGGUCGCUCGGUGACUCAGUACAUUUUGUGUAUCUUCUUUUGUUUUUCUUCUUCACUUUUAUUCGAAAACAGUGGAAAAGAGAGCAGCACUCAGACUGAUGAAGAGACAGCGGAACAUCCACUCCAGGAAGCUGCUGAGGGACAGUUGUUUGGUGAUUUAUGUAACUUUGCAAAAAGCAGCGUGCAUGCUGAACCUCUGGAGUCUCAGUAUCCACAUGUGAAGACUUCUCUACAGCAAGUGUUCGAAUGUGCCUACGCCCAGCUGGUCCUGCCUUGGUACAGCGUUCCUGAGCAGCGCGAGCAGCAGCCUCUGCACCAGGUGCUCAGCGGAGAGUUCGGCUUUGUAAUAGACCGGAUCAUCGACAGAGCCAAAGACUUUGAUGUCUGCCAGGCGGUCGUGGGCUCUGUUCGUAUUCUGACCCAGUACUUACAUAAUGCCAAGCAGGCUGACAGGGAACUCUUGUUCAGCUCCAGAGCAGAGGAGAUCGCAGUCCUCCGGGAUUUUUCUGAUGCUCUAGUACGUAACCUUUUCCCAAAACCUCUCUGGGGCCAUGAAGUCAACCGCUGUGCCUUAAAUGAGAUUGUUGCCUUAAAGGGGCUGGGCCUGCUGGUGACAUGGCUGUCGGACCCCGACAACCUGAACCAGCUGGUGGUGAACCAGCUGGACCGUGUGACUCCCAAAGGCUCCGAGGAGGAGCUGUGUGGGUCUGACCCGGAUCAAAACUCUCUGGCUUCGCAGGAGGGAGAGGGCGGUGAAGCGAGCUUGGAGGGAGCAGGGAUUUCAUCCAGCAGGAUCAAGACCAAAAGAAAAGCCAACAAGUUAAAAGAAGGAUGGUCUAAAUUUGUGGAAAAGGUAAAAUCUAAGAAGGCCAAAAAGAAGAAGAUGAAGAAGAUGGAGCAAGACCUGGUGCUGAGGGUCUUGGCGUCCAACGAGGACAACGUCAACAGCAGAGAGGGCUCGCUCCACAGCCCGCACGACUCUGACAGGGAGGACAGUGAUCUGGAGGACUACUUGAUGAGCGUCCAAGAGGACAUGAUGGAAUUCAGGUUGUCGUAUGAGAUGUGGCGCGCUGGCAGCUGGGCUGUCAGCAUCCCUCAUGCUGAGUGGGAUGGCGAGGAGCUAAUCUUCACCUUUCACCUGGAGGAGAAGGGCAGCCCGGAGAACCUGCAGUGGGACAUCAAGAAGACAUACAUGGAUGUCGUAUACUUCCGCAACAGAUGGCAGGACUCGACCAGCCUGCCCACGAUCCUGCUGCUGCAGAAGUGGGAGGUCAACGCUGAGGUCAAAGAAGAAGCCAGAGUAUCAGUGGAGCACUUUCUGCAGGCGUUAGUUUCUGCUAAUCUGAUCAGCCAAACUCAACCAGUUUUUCAGUUCCUGUGCCCACUCGACAAGCUGCUGAACGAGGAGGAACAUUACGGAGGCGUGUGGGGCCUCCUGAGCGGCCUGGCUUAUUUCCUGACUCCAAGUCAGGAGGAAGAGGAGACCUCCAGCCCACAGACAGAGGCCCCCAAAGACAUCAUAACACCGUUUCUGCAUCCAGAAUCAACAGCUCUGCCUUCAGAAACCGCUGCUGCCUCUACUGAGAAGGGCAGUGAUGUUCCUGAUGCUUCAAUCCCUACUAUUGUUAUCUCAGAAUAUGACUCUCCUUCUGAACCGCCGGAGGAAGAAGAAACAGACAUUGAGCCUCGGUCUGCUUCUAACUGUGACUCUUCAAACAAAAACAGUACCCAAGACAAAACGGAGGAGUGCGAUAACCCUUUAACCUCUCACUUUAAACUCAUGUUUAAAGGUCUGAGUCGAUCCAGGUCACAAGAGUCUCUUAACUCGACAAAAAACGGCAGUGACACAGACCCGCCUGACUCCAUCUCCACGCCUCACUGCAGCCAAAAUGGAGGCAUGCAGGGGGACAGCCCCGAUGGACCAUCCUGGCUUCAUUUCAGUGCAAAGUCACAUAAAAGGGAGAAAUCAUGUUUUAGGAUGGCAGGUGCAGCGCAUAAGGCUAAAGUGAAGGACCAGGUCACUUCUCCACGGGGGGAGGACCUCCAGGGUCAGAAGAGCCAAGUCAACUUGGAGCAGCUAGAAGCGACCAAAGCCAUAUUUGAUCUGCUGAAGGAAAUAUCUGGAAACUCCAUCCUCGUGAACAUAUUUGAUGCCAUUUUGAAACCUUUUACGCCCAUCUUGAAAAAGAAAGUGAACUCUUUCCUGGACAAGAUGAACCCAACAGAAUUGCAGAUGGCGGGUUAUAUCGACACUCUGCGGAACAAACAGUGGCCAGAAAUCAAACCUGCAGCACCUCAUCAUGCUCGCAGCGAGGAGGAGAAGAGCGAGACGAGGGACCGGGCGCACGGCCUGAUCAACGCCAGAUAUUCAAACUAUCUCAUCCUGAAGAAGACGGACAUGGAGGCUGUUUUUAAUCUUUUCCAGGACAGAGAGGGAAACCAAACGCUGGUAUAUAUGCUCUUGUCAUACCUGAUGAGGGAAUUUUUUCCCAACGAGCAUUCCCUAAAUCUGAGCGCCGCUGCCCUCCAGAAAGUGACCACCUCCCCCAGCUGAUCUGUGAAUCCUCAAUGUUUUUAAUGGCACUUGUUUAACAUUUUUUAGAAUAUCUAAUUAUUUAUUUAACAUAAAUUCCCCUGAAUAUCUGUGACCAUUUCUGUAUCAAUGUCGAUCAUUCCUCUCUGCUGUUUUUACCUCAAAUGUACUGUGAACAGUUUUGUGUUUAUCCUUUUGUUUUUUGUUUUUUAACAGUAUCAUUUUGUAAGUAAUUAACCCUGACUUUAAUCUUUGUGAAAUCAGAGACAUUCUUUAUGGGAUCAAGCUUUACACAUUUUGCUUUUAUUGUAAAACUCACAGGAGAAAGUAAGAAUUACACCCUUCAAAGUUAAAGUUGAAUUACAUAUUAGAAAGUAUUUUGUGUCACUUUGAGCACUUGUUUUUUGGUGAGUGUUUGUUUUCUGAUUAAGUUUUAUAUAAUAGAAGAUGCCACGAUUACCUUUAUCUGUCUGUCAGUGCCACUACCAAAGGAAACUGUUGAUGUGAAACACUUAAGUUUAUUUCAAAUUAAAUAUUUUAAUAAAGAUUUUCUGGUUAAAUGUC